AUGUUUAUUCAAUUGAUUACGCUCAUUUAUUAUCAAAUGACGGUACCAAUACCUAUUAAUGGGUACAGUGAUAGAGCGAAGAAGGCCAUUGAAUACAUUAAUAGCGUAUUUGAUCAGGCAACAGUUAGUGAUAUGAAUAAGAUUAGCGCACUGUUGAAAGAGAAAUUUAACAUAUUUCAGCAAGUUAACUAUAAACACUCCAAUGCCAAACUGAGUCUGGAAAUGGGUAUUGGUUUGAUCACUGCAAAUGCAAAUAAUCAUAAUAUCUUGUUACUGAACAAUAUGAAUCUUUUUGCUAAAGAGAGCAACGAUCCAAUGAUUGGUGCAGAACAAGCUAAGAUCUCCUAUGAGAGAAGAAAUAAUGCAAUUGAAACACAUGGUAGAGAAAUAAGAAGGUGUCGAAUUAAGGAAUUGAAAUUGACGUGUGAGAGUGUCAAAUCUGUAAUUAAUGAUCUGGUGAUUACGGUGAGUGAAAUAAGAAACUAUAUUGAAAUCGGUAGGCUAUACAAAAAGAAGCAUGCUGAGCUGAAUAUGGAUAUGAAUGCUGGAAUAAUCAAUAUGAUUAUCUAUAUGGAAUCCAUGAAUAUUGAUGAGUAUAGGCGCAUGAUAGGUGAAUUGAAUGAUUACCUGAAGAAGUGUGAGAUAUUCACCGAAAUGUAA